CACUGUCAACACUGCGAGAGUUGUCUCAACGAUGCACCUGGAAAUGGUUAAUCCACUCGUUAACUUAAAUAUGGAAGAGCUGACAACUCCUGUCCGAGAGCAACAUAAAUUCAAUGUUGACAGACUUCAGAGAUAUUUGUCUGCCAAUUCACGGGUGUCACAUAAUGACACGCUCACUGUCAGACAGUACAGCGCUGGUCAGUCAAACCCAACCUUCCUAAUUCAAACCCCCUCAAACAGCUAUGUGCUCAGGAAGAAACCUCCUGGUGAGCUGCUGCCAGGAGCACACAAGGUGGACAGGGAGUACCGGGUGCAGAAGGCCCUGUUCUCUGCUGGCUUCCCUGUACCUGAGCCUCUGUUGCACUGCACUGAUGCUGAAGUCAUUGGAACGGAGUUCUACGUAAUGGAGCAUGUGAAGCAGGGGCGCAUAUUCAGGGAUCUUCGUCUCCCUGGAGUGAGUGCAGCAGAGAGAGCAGCUCUGUAUGUGGCUGCAGUGGAAGUGUUGGCAAAGCUACACUCACUGGACCUGGCAUCAAUGAACCUCGAAGGGUAUGGAAAAGGAUCAGGUUACUGCAAGAGACAAGUGUCCACCUGGACGAAGCAGUACAACGCAGCAGCUCACACAGACAUUCCAGCCAUGAAUCAACUGUCUGAUUGGUUGAUGAAGAAUUUGCCAGCCGGUGAUGACAAGGUCACACUUGUCCAUGGAGAUUUCCGAAUGGACAACUUGAUAUUCCAUCCAACAGAGACACGUGUGAUAGCAGUGUUGGACUGGGAGCUGUCUACCACUGGGCAGCCCUUGGCAGACUUUGCCUACUUCCUCAUGCCUCACUACUGGCCUACAUACAUUAAACUCACCAGCACAAUGGGCAGCCUACAAGGAAUAGAAGGUAUACCAACUGUGGGUGACCUGACCUCCAUGUACUGCCGUUGUCGGGGGAUCCCAUUUGCUUUGCCACAGCUGAAUUUCUACCUGGCCCUGUCUAUCUUUAAAAUGGCAGGAAUUUCCCAGGGUAUCUACACACGCCACCUACUGGGUAAUGCCAGUGCUCCCAAUGCAGCUGAGUUCGGCCAGUGUGUGGAGCCCUUGGCUAAGGUUGCCUUGCAGCUUGCACACAGGUCUGUCGCAGGCCCAACAGAACGGUCCGAUGCUCUGUUCCUUCAGACAGCUAAAGGUCAGGCUGUUCUCCAGCAGGUCAAAGACUUCAUGAGACAAUACGUGCUUCCUGCUCAGGAGGAAGUUGCAGAAUACUACUCCAAACACGCUCAGUCUCCACAAAGAUGGCACACCCCACAAAUUAUAGAGGAUCUAAAGGUGAAAGCCAGGGAGGCAGGGCUGUGGAACCUGUUCCUGCCUGCAGUCAGCGGUCUCAGUCAGUUGGACUAUGCCUACAUUGCAGAGGAAACCGGACGCUGCCUCUUCGCCCCCGAAGUCUUCAACUGCCAAGCUCCUGACACAGGAAAUAUGGAGGUGCUCCACAUGUUCGGCAGUGAGGAGCAGAAGAAGAAAUGGUUGGAGCCUCUCCUCGGAGGAGAGAUCCGCUCCUGCUUCUGUAUGACAGAGCCUGAUGUGGCCUCCAGUGAUGCAACCAACAUAGAGUGCACGCUUUACAGGGAUGAAGACAACUACGUCAUAAACGGCAAGAAGUGGUGGAGCAGUGGUGCUGGCAAUCCCCAAUGCAAAGUAGCCAUUGUGAUGUGCAGGAGCGGAUCUCAGGAUGUGAGCAGCAGGCAUGGCCAACACAGUAUGAUCCUCGUCCCCAUGGACACACCAGGUGUUAAGCUUGUCAGACCGCUCACCGUGUUCGGACAGGAUGAUGCCAUCCAUGGUGGCCACUUUGAAGUGCACUUUGAAAAUGUGCGUGUCUCUGCUUCCAACAUGAUUCUAGGAGAGGGCAGGGGAUUUGAGAUUGCCCAGGGUCGUCUGGGGCCGGGAAGGCUGCACCACUGUAUGAGGGCUGUUGGUGUGGCAGAGUUGGCACUGGAGCUGCUCUGUGAGCGAGCUGCCUCCAGACAGACAUUUGGAAAGAAACUAUACCAACAUGAAGUUGUUGCUCACUGGAUAGCAGAGUGCCGUCUCAUGAUAGAACAGACCCGCCUGCUGACGCUGUAUGCUGCUCAUGCCCUAGAUACACUGGGCAGCCGAACUGCUCGCAAACAGAUUGCUAUGAUCAAGGUGGCAGCAGCUAGGAUGGCGUGUAAGGUGGUAGACUGUGCUAUACAGGUGUAUGGAGGUGCAGGUGUGUCUGGAGACUUCCCACUAGCGCAGAUGUAUUCAUAUGUGCGGACUCUACGCAUUGCUGAUGGGCCAGAUGAGGUGCACCUCUCCUCCAUUGCUCAUCUGGAACUGAGGGAUCAACUAAAGAAAGCACAGUCCAAGCUGUAAAGUAAUUAACCUCAUAUAGCCAUAAGUGCUUUACUAAAUUGCAAUUUGCCUUAACAUUAGUUUGCCUCAGUUCACCGCCAAAAUGACCAUUUGUAUAUUGAUAACUCAUCUUGUGUUGAAUUUGUCUGGAAAACUUUUUCUCAUCUGCCACCUGUGAACAAAGAAUCCAAAAAUGGAAAAAGUUCUUGAUGAACUUAGGUCACAGCAGACAGUGUUUAGCAACAGUACAGCUACAUCAAAACAUCCUUUCACAUAAUUUUGCUGUUGUUAAAAAUUUGUUUUUGGAUUCUUCAUUCACCGGGGCAUAGUCGAUAUACAAAUGGUCAUUUCGGGAGUGAAGUAUUCUGCUUUUCCAGUUCCCAUGAACUACCUGCUGUAAAGGAAUCAGAUUCUGAUUAGCUUUUUGUGAAAUUUUAAGUAAUUUUUCUACCAACAUACACUAUAUGUAAAUAAUUGAUUGUAAAUCUGUUUUGUAAAUUGAUGUAAAUUUUACUGCAACCUCCUUUAAACCCAUUCUAUUAAAAGUUUAUGAAU